AUGGCUGAGAUUAAAAAUAGAGUUUUGCUACCGCUGGCUAUCGCACUGCUUACGGUCACCACAAGCGUUACCAGUUGCCGGGAAUCCGUCGGAUGUGAUCCCGACCGGCCAGAAACAGCAACGUGUCAGAACAGCACGGCCGAAUGGACGUUGGAACCGAGCCUCAUCGAUUGCAGUGUUUAUCUAAACUGCCUUUUCGGAACAGGCCUGAUAAUCUGCUGCCCGGACGGCGAGUAUUUCAAUCCCGAAACUCUGGUGUGCGAAGAUUCAGCCAACGUGGAAUGUGACAUAAUAUGUACUGAUACGACGACUGAAAUCGAUGGAGCGGAAACAACCUUAGACCCGGACGAGACUACUCCAUUGCCUGAAGAUACGACGACGGUAGUGCCUGAAGAUACGACGACGGUAGUGCCUGAAGAUACGACGACGGUAGUGCCUGAAGAAACCACUACAGCGCCAGAGGAUACUACAACGCAAGAUCCAGACACUACAACGCUCGAUCCAGACACUACAACGCUCGAUCCGGACGAAACCACAACUACGCUACCGGAGGAUACUACGACAACGCUGGAUCCAGAGGAAAGCACAACCGAGGACCAGGGAACUACUGAACCGGCUCCCGAGACGACCACCGAGGGAGCGAAUGAACUGGAAACGCUUUGUGCUGCCCAGAGUUCCACUGAAACGGUCGAGGUACCCUAUCCGGGCCACUGCAAUCAGUACGUGGUCUGCACGAACCGAGAGUUUGUCCGCGUGGAGUCAUGCCCAGCAGGACUACAUUUCAAUCCGCUGCGGUCGGUUUGCGAUGCACGCAAUGCUGCCGAAUGUUUGGACUUUGUUUGCCAAGAUAAUCCGGCCGGAACAGUGCUGAUAUUGAAGAGUAUUAACACCUGUGACAAAUACUACAUAUGCUUCGGAAGCAUGGUGCAGGUACGUCAGUGCGCUCCUGGAACCGUUUACGAUCCGGAGAACAAUUGGUGCAUCGUAGACAAUGCGGAAACUCCGUGUGAGCGCGAACGUCCUCCACCACCCCCGGAGUCAGUCAUCGCACAAUGUAGGGUUGAAGAUGAACUCUCCAAGAUUCGGCAUCCAUCGCUGUGCGCUGUGUACUAUCGCUGUAUAAACGGUGUGAUUAUUGUACGCCAAUGUCCCGCCGGACUCCUGUUUGAUACUGUGCGCGAGCAGUGCAAUCCAUUGAUUACCGUUGCCGGGUGUUUGCUGACGACGAUACUGGCAGCAUCGAGUAUGCAGGCGCAAAAUUGCAGUAACUUCAAUUACACUCGGUUUCUAGCGGAUAACAGGAAGUGUAAUUACUAUACGGUCUGCUUUAACGGUCUACCUGCUCCGCUAGUGUGCCCCUCGGGGUACCACUUCAACGCGGACAAGCAGCUGUGUGAUUAUCCGAGCCUGGCCGGCUGUAUCCGAUGCCCACCGGCCGGAUUCGUUAACCUAACCGUCGAUGGUAGCUGCACCAAGUUUGUCCAAUGCUUCAUGGGUGUCGCCCUGGACCGUGAAUGCCCAGCCGGACUGAAGUUUGACGCAACUUCGGGUCAGUGUAAUCUUGCCGCUAGAGUACAGUGUAAGUAG